AUGGCACUCGGGUCAUCAAGGUCACCCUCCACCAACUUGAUAUUUGCGGACAAACUAGCCAGCUUCUGGGCAGACGCGGAAGAGGAAUGUUUGCCGGUUGAAGGUACGGCGUUUGAUCAGGACGCCAUUGCCACGUUCGUCCAAGGCUGCGAUGUCGUUGUCUGCUGCUACCUGGGCGAUGACAAGCUCAUGGUGGAUGGCCAGAAACUUCUCAUUGAUGCUUGCGAAUCGGCCAAUGUUCCGCGCUACGUGGCUAGCGACUGGGCACUGGAUUACACGAAAUUGAAGUUGGGCGACUUGUUCCCCAAGGAUCCCAUGAUCCACAUCAAGAACUACCUCGAUACAAAGACGAAGGUUGCGGGAGGGCAUAUUCUCAUCGGUGGCUUCAUGGGGCCCAUCUUCAGUCCCUCCUUCAACAUUGUGGAUGUUCAGACCAACACCUUCCGCUACUGGGGUGAUGGGAAUGAGAUCAUGGAGGGAACGACCUACGACGAUGCGGCCAAGUACACGGCAAAGGUGGUCUUGGAUUCGGAAGCAAAGGGUGUGCUGAAGUUUGUCGGAGGCCGUGCUACGAUCCAGGAGAUUGCCAAGUCGUAUGAAAAGGUCUACGGCACUCCUGUUACACUGGAAAACCGCGGAUCCCUCGAGGACCUGGACAAGACCAUGCAUGAUAAGCGGACGACGAGCCCUCAGGAUGUUUACAGCUAUAUGUCCUUGUUCUUUCACUACUACUGGGUCAGUGGACAGACCUUUGCAGUUGAUUGGGAGGGGUUCAUGAGGAGCUGGUCCCAGGAGCAGAUUGGGACAUCUUACUUUGCUCUGAACAUGUAA